AUGAUUUCUCUCCACACGACUCGCACCAAUCUUCCGCGGCGAUGUCUCCCUACGUCGUGGAUGGUUCGGACAUAUGCUAGCCAGACUCCAGGCAAUCCCACGAUGGAAGUCUUCAAUCGGAAGACCAAGCAACUACAAAAGGAGCGCGCAGCCCAAAAUGUCGAACAGAGCCGGAGAGUCGACUACUUGAAGGACGAAAUGGCAAUGCGGUUAUGCGAUCGGUUGCUGGAUAUCAAGCGCAAAUUCCCCCAUAUUCUUGACCUCGGCGCAAACAGUUGCAAUAUCGCACGAACAAUGACAAUGCCAGACAUCGACUCGGCAGUACCGGAGGGCACAUCUACGCCACCACUUGCAGAGCGGAUCUCGAAAAUUACUUGCGUUGAGAAUUCACGGGCACUGCUUCACCGGGAUGAAGAGCUCCCCUUCAAUAAGGAGAUCGAUAUCCAAAGGGAUGUCAUUCCAGAUAUGGAGACGCUACCCUACGAGCCAAAUACAUUUGACGCUGUGGUAUCCUCGCUAUCGAUGCAUUGGAUCAAUGAUCUCCCCGCUUUGCUAAGCCAAGUCAACACAAUCUUGAAGCCGGAUGCCCCAUUUAUUGCAGCGAUGUUCGGCGGGGACACCUUAUUCGAGCUGCGGGGAUCAUUGCAGCUGGCGGACCAAGAGCGGCGCGGUGGAGUGAGCCCCCAUAUAUCUCCACUAGCGGACGUGAAGGAUAUCGGAGGCCUACUGAACCGAGCCGGUUUCAAGAUGCUGACUGUCGAUGUCGAGGAUAUCGUGGUUGAGUUCCCAGAUACUUUUGCUCUGAUGAAAGACCUACAGGCUAUGGGCGAAAGCAAUGCCAUUUUGCACCGCGAGGCCGGUCCCUUAUCUCGCGAUGUACUACUAGCCAACGAGGCUAUUUACCGGGCUAUGCAUAUGGAGGACGGUGCGCCAGGCAUCCCAGCAACAUUCCGGAUGAUAUUUAUGAUCGGAUGGAAGGAGAGUGAAACUCAGAGGCAGCCGCUAGCACGUGGUAGUGCUGAUAUAAACCUGCAAGAUAUCCUGGGAGAUAGCAAUUUCCAAAGGCCGUGA